AUGGAUGAUCCUAAGGAUUUCAGAGACCCUUUUGGAAGACUUUUGUAUGUUCUAUCUACUGAUGUUGAAGAUGGUCUUCUUUGUACUCUGGUUCAAUUCUACAAUCCCGUCUACCGAUGUUUCACUUUUCCUGACCAUCAGUUGUUGCCUAUCAUGGAGGAGUAUGUUUAUCUUUUGGGUAUACCAGUUUCUUAUAGGGUUCCUUUUUGUGGUUUGGAAGGAAUUCUGGAGUCUCAGGUUAUAGCUCGAGCUAUUCAUCUAAAGAAAUCUGACGUAGAUGCUAAUCUCACUGUUAAAGGAAGUAUCAGAGGGUUGACUUCAAAAUUUCUAAUUGAGAAAGCCUUUUUUUUGCUAAUGAUCUUUUUGGUUGGGAAUCAUGUUCCAACUUUGCUUGGUGAUACCUAUUUAUCCAUUCAUUAUAGGACUUCUAAAGGAAACGGGACUAUUGUCUGUUGUGCACCUUUGUUGUAUAAGUGGUUUAUUUCACACUUGUCGCAGUCUCUUAUCUUCAAAGAAAACAAGGGUUGUUUAAAGUGGUCUCAAAGACUGGUGUCUCUUACCAAUGAUAACAUCACAUGGUAUUCUUUUGUUUACGACAAUGUCGAGAUUAUUGGUAGUUGUGGGGAGUUCUCUAAUGUGCCUCUUCUUGGUACACAAGGAGGAACCAACUACAGUCUGACUUUAGCAAGAGGUCAAGUUGGGCUCGCUAUGAGGGACAAACCUAAUAACACUUUGUUAGAAGGUUUAUUUUUCCAAGAAGGGAAAUACACUCAAGAAUUGAAGGCUAGGAUGGUGAAUGCUUGGCACAAUAUUCAUAGGAAAGGAAAAAGUGAGCUUGGAUUAAAGAAUAAUGUAGCUUUGGAGCCUUACACUAGUUGGGUGAAGAAGAGAGCAACAGAAUUAAAUAUGCCUUACGCUUAUAAGAGGCCUAUGUAUUUAGUAGUGGUCAAAUCACUCACUAUUAAUAUUGAAUGCAUAGAGGAUAUGCAAGAAGCUUUGGUUAGGAUGAAACAAGUUGUCUCACCAGUACAAACUCGUGCUAAUCAACUGAAAAGGAUGGAUCGUUUAGAGCAAGAGAAUCGUGAACUCUAUAAGGAAGUGACUACUCUUGAAAGAAAGUUUGGAAAGGCUCACUGUUAUAAUGGAAGUUCUGGUGACUGCCCAGAAUCAGCCUCCUCCUCCUCCUCAGACUCCACUUUAGAGGAUUAUGAUUUCUGA